AUGGAGCUGCUGACGGAGCUUCUGGAGGAAUGGAGAGAGGCGAUUGCUGUGGUAAGAGACCGGGUGAUGCAUGGACGAGGAAAUGUAGGGGACAGAGAUGCUCUGGAGGUUGCUGUGAAGGAGCCUGGAGAAGGGAAAGAUGCCUCAGGGAUGGACAAGGAGAACGAGGCCUUCCAGUACGAUGAAGACUUUGACGGAAGCGUGUUUGACCAGGAGAGUCUGAUUCCAAGCCAUAUUCCUGUUAUAAAAAGCAGGAACACAAAGCUGGAUGAAGGGCUCUCUGUGCAGGAAGAGAAGAAAGGGCAGGUGGAUCCACACCUGAUGCCCUCCUGUUUGGAUGCAGACAAGAGAUGCAGACCCCUUGGGUAUAGGGAGUUGGCUGUGAAAGAGGGCUCGAUCAUGGCAGACCUGGCCUCUUCGGAGCUUUGCAAGGGAACAAAGCUCAAAAGACUCUCUGCAGCCAAAGACCUUGGGAUCGAUCCUCCCAAAAGAAGAGAGGUUGCCGAGGCCUCUCCUGGUGAUACAGGGGCGGGAGAGAGGGCAGAAGGAAAUCCAUCUAGGCCAGUGGACGGCAAGAGCUUCAGUGCGAACUCGAAGUUGAAUGCAGCGUGGUUGCAGCUGAAGAAAAGACACCUCGAAAGGAUGAACGGAUCUGUGUGCACCAGGAAUGGAACAGAGGGCUUGGGGAUGCAAGAGGGAGACAAGGGCAGGAAGCACUCUCCACAUAUUCCGGGCCCCCGGCUCUCUCCCAGAAAGGAUCCCAAGGAGCCCGAGCCCACAAGAAGAUUUAACGGAAACAAUCUCUACAAGCAAGCAAUAGACCACCAACUCCUCAGGUCGGCAGGCAGGGUUCCCCAGCACAUUUACAGGGCGAAAACAAAGAUACCACAAGUGGGCGAGGACGAUGCCAUCCUGGAUCCAGACUUCGUUGUCCCAGACUUUGCCAAGGACCCGGCAAUAAACUUCAAGGUGAAGAUGCAAGACCACAGGGCUCUUGAGAGAUACUUCUCGAAUGGAUAUGAGAUUGAUGUAGAGCAGCUGUUUCCGCACGUAAAGAACGUGUCGAACAACAGCCCGAACAAGUGGCCAGCAAAGGGGAACGGAGGCUAG